AUGAUCUCCGAGAAGAUGACUGGAGCCAUGUGCAUCUACAGCCUGCUGUUCAUGCGCUUUGCCUGGAUGAUCCAGCCGCGCAACUACAUCCUCCUGGCGUGCCAUGCCGCCAAUGAGACGGUGCAGCUGAACCAGCUCCGGCGGUGGUACUCUGUGCAGGGUGGGAGCUUUGCAGCCGGUGGAGUGGCGGCCUGA